AUGCUUUUCCUCCCAGCUGCUGCUCUGUGCUGUCUGUGUUCAGCACUGGUUGCCAUGGCAGCACAGCUGAUUCAGGAGGAUUUAACAUUGACCAGGAGAGCUGGUGAAAAAGUUUCCUUCAGCUGUCGAGGACUUGACCAGUGUAACCAUGUAACUGUAUACUGGUACCAGAAGAACGACACAGAAACAUUCAAAGUGAUUCUUGAUAUUGACAGCACGAAUGGUAAAUUAGAUAAACGUUACAAUCACACUCAGGAAGAUGAUUUCUCAGUUGUAUAUAAACAGAACGGCUGGGAGUUACAGAUCCAGACAGUUAAACUCUCACAUGCAGCCACCUACUACUGUAGCUGUGCGAAACGUGGGUACCGCAUCUUUGGCCGUGGCACUAAACUGUUUGUAGAUGAGCAGGUAGUGAAGCCCGUGGUGAGCGUGUACCCAGCAGCAUCCAGAGCCCACCUGGAGGGGAAGAGCUCCCUGCUGUGUCUGGCCUCAGCCAUGUCUCCUCCUCUGGUCCAGUUCUACUGGACAAGACAGAAGAGGAACGGCCAGCUGGAGAAUGUGACCCCUGCUGAGUUUGAGCAGCUGGAGCUCAGAGAGCCGGGACGCAGCGCCUCCAUCCUGCUGCUCCAUCAGGAAGCGAACAGCACAUAUGAAUACCGCUGCUACGUCAAGCACGAGGGGGGCACAGUGAAGGCCCAAACAGAACAAGAGGUUUCUACUGUUAUUCCGCCAACACCAGCUCCAACAUCUCCACCAGCUCCUGUCCCGUCUCAGUACCAGGUGCUGCUGCUCUGUGUGCUGUACACAGUGCUGAUAGUGAAGAGUCUGGUGUACUGCUGUGGACUCUCUCUGCUGAUGAUCCUCAGAAACAAGGGACCGUCCACCAACUGCACACAUGCUGACUGACUGUUUCCUGCUCGCCUUUUCUCACCAUCACAUCUCAUCAAUUAAU